CUGAUCACUGGCUGACCCAGCCCACGUGACUGUCACUGAUCAUUCAUAUCACUAGCGCGCGGGCACCCCCAAUUCACGACUGAUUGAAGGAGGCAGAAGGGUGGCUCGGCACAACCCCGGGUGAGUGGUGAGACGUUAAUCAGUCCCGGGGCCCAAAUAUCUGUCAGUGUGGCAGCCACGCGCAGAAACGCCCAGGAAGAUGCUACAAUGAGCACAUUCUUAGAUUUCUCGUCCAUAAGUGGUGGUGGAGACGGAGGUGGCGGAGGCUCGUGCUCAGUCAGAGCGUUCCAUGGCGACCACGGACUUUCAACAUUCCAGUCAUCGUGUGCUGUUAGGGUAAACAGCUGCAGUGGGGACGAACGGUUCAUGUCCAGUAGAUCAACACAAGACGCGAUUAACCCUCAGCCACACCAAGCCGGCUCGUAUCAGUCCCCCGGGACUUUGUCAAUUACCUACAGCGCCCAUCCAAGUUACGGGACUCAAAGUUUUUGCUCCGGAUACAGUCACUAUGCCCUAAAUCAGGAUGUGGACUCAUCUGUGAGCUUUCCCCAGUGCGGCCCUUUAGUUUACUCUGGAAAUAUUUCUUCCACUGUUGUGCAGCACCGUCACCAUCGCCAUGGUUACAGUGGCGGAAACGUUCACCUCCAUGGCCAGUUCCAGUACGCCUCAGCCACAUAUGGUAAUAGUCCAGAUCAGGCGAAUCUGACGUUUGUGGCGGGCUGCUCAAAUCCGCUGUCCCCACUGCAUGUGUCUCAUCACGAUGCAUGUUGUUCACCUCUAUCAGAUGGCGUGUCCACAGGGCAGACAUUUGACUGGAUGAAGGUUAAACGGAACCCGCCAAAAACAGGGAAAGCUGGGGAGUAUGGAUUUGGUGGGCAGCCAAACACGGCACGCACCAAUUUUACGACAAAACAGCUGACAGAGCUUGAAAAGGAGUUUCAUUUCAAUAAGUACUUGACUCGCGCGAGGCGUGUGGAGAUCGCGGCUGCUCUCCAAUUGAACGAGACUCAGGUGAAGAUUUGGUUCCAAAAUCGUCGCAUGAAGCAAAAGAAACGCGAAAAGGAAGGUAUUUUGCCUAAAUCUCCGUCCGAACUGAAGGAUGGUCUCGAAAAACCCGAGAACGCAUCCGAAAAGUCGCUCUCCGCACCUUCCACGCCCUCUCCCACUCCGCCCGUUGAUGCCUACUCCUCGAAUUAAACGGCGUUUGUUCUGCCAACCUGUUAGUGCAGAACUGUUAAUCUUGUUUCAAGGUCAGAAUCAUUAUGUGACAUACAGAGACCAUUGCACAA